AAUGUCAGAAACACAAAAUCAACAAGAGAAUAAUCAAAAUGAGUAAAAGUAAGAAAAUCCAUAAUAAAAUACAAAUGGGGAAUAAACUUAAUAAAAUCAACAAAGUUAAGAGAAUCAAAAUGAAAAAAAAGAGGAAUAACAAGAAUAAUAGAAAGGAGAGUAAUCAUAAUAAAAUGAAUCAGGGUUAAUGGAGCAGAAAAAAGAGAAAGGUUAUAUUUUUAUGUUAUUCAAUAUUAGGUCCUUAUGAUAUCGAUGAAGCUGAUUUAACACCAAGAUUUGUGAGGGCAAUGUAAGUGUUAGGGUAUACAUAUUAAGAUUUACAAAGAAAAUAGAGAAAAGAUGUCAUUUAAAUCAUAAAAACGAAAGGUAUAUAUUAAUUUAUAUUUGUAGAUCCAUUGGGAAAUAAAAUAAAUUAAGAAUUAAUAGAUGCUUUAUCUAAUCAUUUGGAACAUUCAAGAAAAUAAAAAAUAAAUGAAAUCAGAAAAGAAAUAUAAUAUAUACCUAUUCAAGAAUAGAAAUAAUAGUAGUCAGUAGCAGACUAAUCUAUUAUGCAGUCUUCUAUAGCAGAGAAGUCUAUAAUUUUAGAUAAAUCAAUUGUAUCUAUGAGUAAAUCAAUAUUGACAAAAUCAUUGUCACCUUUAGAAUUAGAAUUUAAGUUGUAUGAUAAAAUAAAGAAGAAAGAGAGAGCAGAAGUCCAUAAAGCUAAGAAAGAGGAAGAAUUAUUAUCAAAAUAAAUUGAAUAUUAACAUAAGCAAUAAGAACUUGAAGAAAGAUUAGAGAAACAUAGAUAAUAAAAAAUAAAAUAAAAACAUAUGCAAACUCUAUAAUAGUAGGAGAUUUAGAAAUGGUUACACAAUAGAUCGGAUGCUGAAUCAUCUAAUUUUAAUUAAGCUAAGUAAAUUGUAGAAAAUUUGAAGAAUGAAAUAAAGGAAACCCAAUAAUAAAGAAACUAUUUAAAUCCUAGAGAGAAAAUAGAGAAAGUUAAAAGCAUGAAUGAUUUAAGAAUCAAAGAAUUAGAAGAUUUAUAAGCUAAAAGAGAAUAAAAUAUGAUGGAAAGACUAGAAAAAUUAUAAGAAUUAUCAUAAAAAGUAGAUAAUGAAAAAUACAUGAAAACAUUUUAAGAAUUAUAAAGAGAACUAAAAGGAUUAUUAAAAUUAGAAAAAGUAUAGAUUCGAUAAGAAAUGUUAGAUGAAUAUCAUAAUUAUAUGAAAUAAUAACAUUAAACAGAAGAAUAAAGGAGAAUAAUUUAGGUGAUAAAAAAUAAAGUAAUUAUUUAUUAAUCUUUAGACUCGUAAAGAAGUUUAAUAAGAGAUGUAUAAAUAAUCUUUAGAAAUUAAGUCAUAAUAACUUGAUAAAAAAUUAGAAAAAUUUAAGUAAUUAUAAACAGAAAGUUUGAAAGUGAAAUCAUCUUCAGCAGUUUCAUUUCCUAAACAUGUAUCAUCUAAUAAUUUUGGAUAAAUGAAAGUGGAAUAUGAAAGAAGAAUAGGAUUUUAAGAAGAUCUAAUCAGAGAAAUUGAAAGAACUGAAAAUAUUUAAAAAAGAUAAAGAAAAGAAGAAUAAAUGAAAUAAGAUAUAUAAAUAAUGAAAGAAGCUAGAAAAGCAGAAAGUAGAGAAUUAGAAAUAUCAAAAAUAUCUUCAAUUGUUAAAGAUAUGAAAUAAUUUGAAAAUAGUAAUAUGGCUAGUACAAAAAGAUAAUUGGCUUAAAUCAAAAAUUAACAUAAUGAACGUGAAUAAUGUAUUUAUCUAUAAUAAAUUUAGAAAUAAUAAAGGAAAUAGAAGAAAGAAAGAAGAAGGAUGAAGAAUAAAGAUAAAAAUAAGAAAAAUUAGAUUUUGAGAAAAAGAAAGAAAGAUUAAGAAAGAAUAUUGAUUAAUAUAAGGAGCAAAUCUAAAGUGAAGAAAAAAAGAAAGAAUAAGAAUAAUAGGAAUCAUAAUGAAA